UUCAUUGUGUCCCUUAUAUGUUUAUCAACUGCAAAACGUUUAUGGAGCGUAUUAUUAUAGAAUGCCUAUAUGCAUCCUCUACCAACCGCUUCCAGAAAGAGCGGUGGUCAUAUGGAUUGUCUGAAGACUUGCGCCGUGAAUUUGGUCGUUAUGGGCCUAUAGUUGAUGUAUACGUUCCACUUGACUUCUACACUCGUCGUCCCAGAGGAUUUGCUUAUGUUCAAUUUGAAGAUGUCCGUGAUGCAGAAGAUGCUCUCCAUAAUUUGGAUAGAAAGUGGAUUUGUGGUCGGCAAAUAGAAAUCCAGUUUGCACAGGGGGAUCGUAAGACACCAAAUCAAAUGAAAGCCAAGGAAGGGAGAAACCUAUACAGUUCUUCUCGUUACGAUGACUAUGACAGAUAUAGGCGAUCUAGAAGUCGGAGUUACGAAAGGCGACGGUCUAGAAGUCGUUCUUUUGAUUACAGCUAUAGAAGAUCAUAUAGUCCCAGAAACAGUAGACCUACUGGAAGACCUCGUCGUAGCAGAAGCCAUUCGGACAAUGAUAGGUUCAAACACCGCAAUCGAUCUUUUUCAAGAUCUAAGUCCAAUUCAAGAUCACGAUCCAAGUCACAGCCCAAGAAAGAAAUGAAGGCUAAAUCACGGUCUAGAGGUAGGACUAAACUUUGACUUGACUUGUGUAUAUGAACAAGCCAGAAAAGCCGAACACAAACCCACGAUGUUUCAAGAGUGCAUGAAUAAAGAUGUUGUCCUAGUUCUUGCUCCCAUGGAAAAAUUGUGAAGAAGCUGUUCUGUGGGCCUUUCAGUUGGGGACGAGUUAGCAGGAUGUGGCCAAAAGGGCAGGGAAUGUUUCCGCAUUCAUGCAAGUCAAGCCACAGCCCACCUAGAUAACAUCUCCCUUCCUUGAUGCAGGCGUCCCGGUCCUGCUCUAAGAAACCCAGUAGCCUGUCUCGUGCAAGCUACCUGCAGGUUAUGCACAGCUGGAAUGCAAGAACAUACGCAGGCUACAAAAGAUCGUGUGUAGGCAUCUUUCUUUUGGAGUCUCAAGAACGGUGGGAAUCAUGGGUUUUUUUCUGUGGUAAAGUAGAU